GAUACGAUAAUGUUUUUCUUCUCAAUCUGACAAACUUGUCACGAGCACCACUGGAACUGGGUCCGUUACCAUGAACCACAGCUUCAAGAGAAUGCUUUGGACUCGUUCUCUAAGGAAUUUAAGGUCAACUUGCAUAUACUCAGCUCAUAAUUCACGGAAAAUUUGUAACUUUUCCCGUAAUCCUGAUGCGGGAUCAUGGGAAUCAAUGGAGGGUCUACUUCGUUGCUCUGCAAAUUUCGUUCCAUUGUCUCCUGUCAGCUUCCUAGACAGAGCAGCAAAGGUUUGCAGAGAUAGAACAUCGCUUGUGUAUGGUUCUUUGAAGUAUAACUGGGGUGAAACCCAUCAACGGUGUCUUAAACUUGCUUCUGCUCUGACCCAAAUGGGAAUUUCCCGUGGGGAUGUGGUUGCUACCCUAUCACCUAAUGUCCCUGCAAUGUACGAGCUGCAUUUUGCUGUCCCAAUGGCUGGAGCCAUUAUUUGUACCCUUAAUUCACGCCUAGAUGCAGCUAUGGUUUCAGUCCUAUUAGAGCAUUCACAAGCUAAGGUCCUUUUUGUAGACUACCAACUACUUGAAAUUGCUCGGGAAGCAUUUGACCUGCUCGGCAAAAGAGAAAGAGAAUUGCCAAUUUUAGUUUUAGUUACUGACUCUGAUUGCUCCUCUACCAUUGACAUUACUUCAGUUAGUUAUGAGUACGAGAGGCUACUAGCUGUUGGAGAUAAUGGUUUUGAUAUAGUGAGACCAAAUAGUGAAUGGGAUCCUAUAAGUAUAAAUUACACCUCUGGCACAACAUCUAGGCCUAAAGGAGUUGUUUAUAGCCACAGGGGAGCUUAUCUGAACUCUCUAGCAACUGUUCUACUCUUUCGAAUGGACCUUUUUCCCGUUUAUCUUUGGACUGUUCCAAUGUUCCAUUGCAAUGGGUGGUGUCUCCCUUGGGGAGUGGCAGCACAGUUUGGGAUCAAUGUUUGUCUAAGGAAAGUCUCUCCAAAGAACAUAUUUGACAAUGUAACACACCAUAAGGUGACACACAUGGGAGGAGCUCCUACAGUGCUAAACAUGAUUGUGAACUCUGCAUUGACCGAUAGAAAGCCACUCAAUCACAAGGUGGUAGUAAUGGCAGGAGGUUCCCCUCCACCUCCACAGAUCCUUUCCAAGAUGGAGGAGAUUGGUUUCACCAUUUCUCACCUUUAUGGCCUCACAGAAACAUAUGGUCCUGGCACUUUCUGUGCAUGGAGACCUGAGUGGGACUUGUUACCUCAUGAAGAAAUAUCAAAGAUGAAAGCAAGGCAAGGGGUUCCCCAUGUGGGUUUGGAGGAAAUUGAUGUCAAAGAUUCUGGCACAAUGGAAAGUGUUCCAGAUGAUGGAAAAACAGUGGGUGAGGUAAUGGUUAGAGGGAAUACAGUGAUGAGUGGAUAUCUUAGAGAUUUGAAAGCAACAAAGGAAGCUUUCACAGAUGGGUGGUUUCAUAGUGGGGAUCUAGCUGUGAAACACUCUGAUGGUUACAUAGAAAUCAAGGACAGAUCAAAGGACAUAAUAAUAUCUGGGGGAGAGAAUAUUAGCUCAGUUGAAGUAGAAACAGUUUUGUAUAGCCAUCCAGCAGUUCUUGAAGCUGCAGUUGUUGCUCGGCCUGAUGAUCAUUGGGGCCAAACUCCUUGUGCGUUUCUUGAGUUGAAAGAAGGGUAUGAUGCAGAUGCUCAAGAAAUAAUCAACUUCUGCAGGGAUCAUUUGCCCCAUUACAUGGCUCCUAAAACAGUUAUUUUUCAACAUAUACCAAAAACUUCAACAGGGAAGAUACAGAAGUAUAUUCUGAGGGAUAAAGCCAAGGCCUUGGGCAGCAUUUCUGGACCCAAGAAUGUAACAAAUCGUAUCUGAUUGCUCAAGUUAGUGAAAAGAAUAAUAAAUAGGAAAGGUGUUCUACAUCAAAUCCCAUCUUUAUUAUGAUAAAUGUAGCAAAGUGAUAAAUGGAACUUUCACAUGAAUCCCAAUUUACACCAACAACAU